GCCCACGAAGGCAUGCUUCUCGACGUCUCGGCAACAGAAUCAGCUUUCGGCGCAGCAUCCUGGGAGCAGCAGCCGCAGCACCUCAGCGACCGCCGGACCACGCCGGACCACGCCGCUGUUUUGUGCCAGCUGCCAUGCGGCGGCGCCCACACCUCGCAUCGGGCGCGCUGCUGUGUUGCGUGUGACGGCAGCCGCCCUGCUCUGUGGCGCUGCUCUCGUGCUCGCCUGCUCUCACUCUGCGCGCAUUGCCCAUAUUGGAGCAUGGCCGUCGAGAUGCGAGAGCCCAGCCGCGAGUCCCCUCGAGGGUGCGCCGCGGGGGACGACCCGCGCCUGGAGGGCUGACUUGAGCGCGGCGCGCGCUGUUG